UUAACGGAGCUAAUUGUUACAUCCCACAACAUCAGCAGCAACAUCAGCAACAGCACCAGCCACAGCCACAGCCACAGCCACAGCCACAGCCACAGCCACAGCCACAGCCACAGCCACAUCCACAGCCACAGCCACAGCCACAGCAACAGCAACAGCAACCGCAACAGCAACACCAACACCAACAUCAACAGCAACAGCAACAGCAACAGCAACAGCAACAGCAACAGCAACAGCAACAGCAACAGCAACAGCAACAGCAACAGCAACAGCAACAGCAACAGCAACAGCAACAGCAACAGCAACAGCAACAGCAACAGCAACAGCAACAGCAACAGCAACAGCAACAGCAACAGCAACAGCAACAGCAACAGCAACAGCAACAGCAACAACAGCAACAACCUCAGCAGCAACAUCAACAGCAGCAACAUCAACAGCAACAGCAACAACCUCAGCAGCAACAGCAUCAGCAUAUGCAACAGCCCCUACAACAGCCUCAGCAACAUCAACAAAAACAAUCUUCGCUUGGGCGAAAUCGUCCAAUCGCAUGUUCUAAUUUGA